CCCCGGGUCGGGCGCUGCGGUUCCCUCGCGUCCGCCGCCAGUCGCGGCUCCGCCCCGGGUUUCGCGCUCUACGCGAGACCGCCGCCUGCCGGGAUGGUGCAGGCCGCAGGGCGGCCGGGCGGGCACCGGCUGCCAGUCCGGGGACUGGCCAGUUCCCCGCAGCACCUGGACUUUCCCUUUCCUCUUGUUGGUUGCGUAGUGCUGGGUCAUAAACUCAUAUCUAAGAACAGAUGUAAAGAUGAUGUCCGUGGGUAAUAGUUAACAGCGCCGUGCCGUCCGUACCUGCACCCUGAACACCGACCGUCGUUAUCCUUUCGUCGCUGCCACCGGACUUAUAUUAGCUGUUUCACUCACUUACACCUGUUAAACGUUUAAUGAAAGAAGCAGCAGAAUUGAAAGAUCCAACAGAUCAUUACCAUGCACAGCCAUUAGAGGAUAACCUUUUCGAAUGGCACUUCACAGUUAGAGGGCCCCCAGAUUCUGAUUUUGAUGGAGGAGUUUAUCAUGGACGAAUAGUACUGCCCCCCGAGUAUCCCAUGAAACCACCAAGCAUUAUUCUUUUAACGGCUAAUGGACGAUUUGAAGUAGGCAAGAAAAUCUGUUUGAGCAUCUCAGGACAUCAUCCUGAAACUUGGCAGCCUUCGUGGAGUAUAAGAACAGCAUUAUUAGCCAUCAUCGGGUUUAUGCCAACAAAAGGAGAGGGAGCCAUAGGUUCUCUAGAUUACACACCAGAGGAAAGAAGAGCACUUGCCAAAAAAUCACAAGAUUUCUGUUGUGAGGGAUGUGGCUGUGCCAUGAAGGACGUCCUGUUGCCUUUAAAAUCUGGAAGUGAUUCAAGCCAAGCUGACCAGGAAGCCAAGGAACUGGCUAGACAAAUCAGUUUUAAGGCAGAAGUCAAUUCAUCUGGAAAGACUAUCGCUGAAUCGGACUUAAACCACUCUUUUUCACUAAAUGAUUUACAGGAUGAUAUACCUGCAACAUUCCAGGGUGCUACAGCCAGUACGUCGUACGGAGCCCAGAACCCCUCAGCAGCAUCCCUUCAACAACCUGCUCAACCUGUAGCUAAGAAUACCUCCAUGAGCCCUCGACAACGCCGAGCCCAGCAGCAGAGUCAAAGACGGUCGUCUGCUUCCCCAGAUGUGAUCCAGGGCCAGCAGCCAAGAGACAACCACACUGAUCAUGGUGGAUCCGCUGUCCUGAUUGUCAUCUUGACUUUGGCAUUGGCAGCUCUUAUAUUCAGACGAAUAUAUCUGGCCAAUGAGUACAUAUUUGACUUUGAGUUAUAAUAUUGUUUUGUGUCUUAAGAGCUGUGACUCUGCUGCUUCAUUAAACAUUCUGCAUUGGGUAUAAUCUAAGAAUUGUUUACAAAAAGAUUAUUUUGUAUUUACCCUUCAUUCCUUUUUUGAUCCUUAUAAAUUCAGUAUAAAUAUAGCUAGACUUUCAGACUGUAUCCUGCUUAGUUCAAGGGACUGAAGUCACAGCCCCUUGUCUCACCAUAUGACCUGCUUUACAGGGAAAUAACUUAUUGUUGUUUCUCAUGCCUCGGCUUCUUUUUUGUAAAUUUGUGAUACUUUUCUGUAUAGCCCUUUGACAUUUUUGGAUAAAAGAUGGUGUUUUAAGUUCCAGUGAGUAUUACUAGUUACUCAGUACCAUUUAUUGAGUACUCUAUUUCUACUUAGGUAGAAUGAUAACAGGGAUAAGAGUUGAAAAGGGAAAGUAGAGCUCUUCAAAUAGUUUGCUGAGAAUGUCAUUCAUAGAAGAUGCACUGGAAUUGCCCAUUCUGUGACUGACUUUGUGUCCUAAAUGUUGUUCAGUGAAAGUAACAAUUUCAGUCAAAUAGUUAUGAGGAAAUGAGAUUACAUCUUUGUUCCUGGAUGUUAUUUGAAGAGGAAAGGAUGCUUUGAAACCACUUUGAUAUGCUGUUAUCCCAUUCUCUCCCAAAUAUACACAAGAUUUAAAAAUAAAAAAGGAAACAACCCUCCAUAGAUUUUUUCUUUAAGGAAGGAAGGGUCCAAGCCAGAAAUCAGUUGAUUUUCUUCCAGAAGUCAAGUGGAAGGAUCUUCAGAUUUUAAUGUUUGCUCUGCUUUGAAUUGUAUAUCUUUUGAAGGUAUUACAUGUCUAGCUUUGUAAUCACUAUAAAUGUAAUUAUUCCAGGAAUAUGCAUAAUGUUGAAAUAUUUUAUGUACCGUUUCAAUAGAAAAGCUCAGGGCCCAAGUAACAGUGAUAGAAAUGAGAAAAACCUUUACUUAGAAUUGUCCACCUAAUCAAAACCCAAGAAAUAAUUGUCAGUGCAAAAUCAAUAUAUAACUUAGUGCUAGCUAACUUUACAGAUUCUAGUAGAUAAUUUUAUCAUCAUAAUUCCUGAUGAGAACAUAGAAUCACAGAAAAGCAUUGCCUUCAGCAUGUUUGGUAACAGCGUUGAGGGUACUCUUAAGAGUACUUGUUAAUGAAGAUGUAGUUUUUAAAUAUAGGCAGUCCCCAGCUCUCAAAUAGGUUAUGUUCUAAGAGUGCAUUUGUGAGUUUUUUUUAACAACUCAAUGUUGUAAGUGGUGUUCAGGUUCUAGAAAGUCCACAAAAGUUUGUCCAUAAUGUAUCUUGAAUACUUUGGAGGGUGGUGUUCAUAAAGUCCUUAGUGUAGUUUUAACUAACUGAAAUUAUGGGCAAGAUAGAAACAAUUUGUAAAAUGCUAUUAAAGGCAAAUUUAAUUUUUAUUGCUGCUAUGGACUUUGGGUCUGUUAAUUAUUAGACAAAAUUUCUAUUUUCAUCUGCUAGCCAUUUUCCUUUAUGUCCACAUCUAAAAUAAACAUACUGUAUACUAUUAUACAAUACAUAAUUGUCUAAGGAUUAAUAAAUUAGCAUUUUAAAAGUGUUUACAGAUUGUUUCUGUUACAUCUACAGCCAAAGUUAGUAAAGUUUUAAAAAGCUCAAGGACUUUAUGAAGACCUCAUAUGUCAGGAAAAUUAAAGGUUACCAUUUUAUAACUUUAUUGCCAUGGGAAAGCACAUUCUGAAGUCUUGGUUUGGAACACAAAAUACUAGAAGUAGUUCAGUGGUCUCCUAGCAAGAAGUCACUGACCCUUGGGAAGACCAGAUGACCUUAUCACCUGAGAAGAAGAAAGUCCCCCUGCUUUCAGCCUUUGAUUGUAGAUGAACCGUGUGCUAGGAACAAUCUUCCCUCUGCUUCUUCUCAGUGAAACUUGAGCCAACCUCUGGAUCUACGUGAUCCUGUUGCAUGUUUCCAACGGAGUGUACCUAUGCUUUAAGAUUAAUUAAGCCAAGAAGAUUUUGAAUUGCGCAGAUCCUUCUCUAUCUGAUUUGCUUCUCCUCCCUCACCUGUCAACUGAUAGGUCACCUUCUUGUUUGUAUUGGGAUGUUUUAAGCACCUGAUACACAUAUCUGAAAAGUGGCAUAUUUUUUGCUCCUUCCCUUUCAGCUCACAUAUGCUACUUAAAAAUCCUUAAGUUGUGAAUCUGAUCCCCAUCGUGGAGUUGAUGAGCAAAAUUGAUCUUUGGGGCUAUUCUUACUCAAAUGCCACUUGAAGAGACUCUUCAGAAAACAGUUGUUUUUAAAGCCCCACCUUAUCCCUUUAAUUAGAGUGUCAGGACAAAACCAGAUAUGUAUCUGGUUGGUGAAGGUUUAGGACUCCUUCCCCCAGUCCUCAUGUUUAGGUAAUUCAUGGCUUUUUCUUUGACCAAAAAAGCACAUGACUACAUAUCAAGGUAGUUAAAAUAGCAUGUCAAAAAAAUAUAUAAUGUCUGUAUCACCUGUAACUGUUUAAGCCAAUGAAACCUUUCAAAUUUUAUGUAUUGUGGGGCUUUUAUGUAGCACUUUACAUUUUCAUGCUGCUUAUUGUUUUGUUCCACUGAAAUAAAUGAAUUUCAUCAAAACUCUCACCUAAUUUUUUUUAAAAAACCUUUAAAGUUUAUCAUUUUGACUAUGGAAAUAUAAUAGUUCCUAUUUCAGGAGAAUAAGAAAUCUUUUUGUUAUUUUUGGCUAUGAAUAAACUUUCUGGUAUCUUGAGACCUCCCAUUUUUAUAGACCAGAAUCUGUAAACAAAUCUCACACAUUUGGACUUACUUGGGCAGAAACCUAGGCUGAAGUACUGAAAAACCUGUAUUGUUCCAUCAUUUGCAAGUAAGUAUAUGAAAAGCGAAUGCAUUUAGUGAACCUGCCUCUUAACAAAGACUAAUGUGUACAUUAACAUGUGUACUGUUUAAGCCUUUGUGGGAGGCUUGUACCUUGCUCAGAAGCUGUUUGGAACACCUCUUGAACAGUUGCCUUCAGAACUAGUUUGAGCUGCUCAAUAAAACCAGUGACUUUAUUCAUACCGUG